UGGUUGCGGUAUUCAUUAUCAUAGCCGCCUCUGGCUCUCCACGCCUCGCCUUUCCUUUGUCCCCACACUUUUUCUCUCUAGCGAUCGAUUUGUCAUCUUUCAUAGUGGGAACAACUGCCUGAAAGGUGCGUUGAAGGAAAGGAUUUGAUUUGGCUAUUUUUCGUGGAGAUUUCGAUCUAUUUUGGCUUAGAAGUGUGACUUGUCGCUGUGAAUUGAUGGUUUCUGUCGAUUGAUUGUGCCGACUUUGGAAGCUUUGACAGGUUUGGGCUGCCUUGAUUUCUUCAGUUAGUGCCCUAUUGUCAUUAACAAGCGAUUUUGCUAAACCAGUAAUUGCCGAAGUUCUGUUCUUCUACGGCAUCUAGAUCUUCUAUGGAUGACCAUACUAAGAAAAGACCAGCUGGUGGUCCUGAAUUAUCUAAAAGAAGUUAUGGUCUUUAUUUCAGAGAGCCAAAACGUGACGAGAGAAACUUUCACGACUGCAACCGCACAGGGUGGAUCACUGGGCAUAAUUCACUGAAAAGCCCUCAAAAUAACAGUUCUGAGAAACUCAAAUAUUUAAAGCCUCCUUUGAACUUUAGAAGUGUUAAUCCCAAUGCUGCAAGUUCUUCCAGAUCAUUUUCUUCAAGUAGCAAUUUGAAUAUAUCUUUCCAUGAAAGCAAAAUUGGAGAUUCUCUUGAAGCAGAUGUUUCAGAAUGCAGUAACAGACGAUGCGAGGAUGAAGAUGGUUUGAAUUUUGAUUUGGAGUUCCAUGGAAGAAAAAUGGUGACCGACUAUUCUCGGGGCCUUAAACCACCAAUUCUUCAUACUUUUCCAUCAAGUUCAACUAAAAUGAUGAGCAAUUCCAAUGCUACGUUUGCCAGCAGAUAUGGCAAGCAAAUUAGUCAAAGUUCUGUUAGUACCACUCAGGACAAUGCAAACCCACCUUUCCGUCAAUGUUUGAUACCAAGAAUUCCUAGUCAAUUGCCUAAAUCUGAUCCACAUGCUAUUGGUAGAUCACAUAGAUAUGGUCUGAAAAAUCUUGGUUGUGCAUCAAUUUCAGAUGCUCUUCCAUCGAGUUCUUCCUCUGAUGGACUUAAUCAAAGAGCUGUUUCACUCAGAAAAAAGUUUCAUGAUGGAGAAGGUUCUUCUAGUGGGAUUGCAUCGUUUCAAGUGCAAGGAGGACCUGAUGAUACCUCAAGGAUGACCAAAAGCCAAUACAACAACAGGAAUGCUACAGUUUCUGUUAGACCCUGCUCGAGCUCUGGAGGGGAAAGUAGCAAAAUAAGGUGGAAUGAUCAAGAAGAUGUGCACAAUUUUGAACUGCCUGGGCCUUUUAUGUACCCAAUGCGGACUCAUGCUCCAUUAGUAAUAUCUGAAGUUGCUCAGGCGAGGUCACCAUUGCCAUUUGAGUUUCAGAACACUUCAUAUGCUGUAAGACCACGGUCAAAUAGCCAGAGUUCUCGACAUAGGUCUGUUAUGUAUUCUGAAGAUGUUGGUGACUACAUUCGCUCGAACAUGGAAGGAACUGCAGGGGUUUUGCAAGCACUGGAGAGGAUUGAGCAAGAUGAAGAGUUGACAUAUGAGCAAUUAAUGGUUUUAGAGGCAAACUUACUAGAAGGUUUUAGCUUCUAUGAUCAACAUAGAGAUAUGAGAUUGGAUAUAGAUAACAUGUCGUAUGAGGAUCUUUUAGCUCUUGAGGAAAAGAUGGGAUCAGUGAGCACUGCCCUUCCGGAGGAGGCGCUUUCAAAAUGUCUCAAGAAAAGCACCUACAGAACAAACUUCCUCCGUAUGCCAGGACUCUCUGGCCAUGGUGAUGAUGAUUUCAAGUGUAGCAUUUGUCAGGAAGAAUAUAUGAUCGGAGAAGAAUUGGGGAGCCUUCCAUGCAAGCAUCAUUAUCACGUGACAUGCAUUCAACAAUGGCUAAGGUUGAAGAACUGGUGCCCCAUCUGUAAAGCUCCAGCGACAUCUUUAAACGAUCAGCAACCUUGAUUCUUCUACGCGUUUGUUCAUAAAAAAUUUCUCUCCACACAUUUGUAGGUAUGUGAACAUGUGCUUCUUUAACGCUGCAAUGAAAAAUAUUUACUGCAGUACACUAUCCUAUCUGCAUAUAAUUUAACAUUUUUUAGCAACCUCAGUGGAAAUGUUCUCUUGAUGGGUUCUCUUAGGCUCUGUUUAAUUUUGAAGGGUGAAAGAGAGGAAAUGAAAAAAUAAAUCAAAAUCGGAAUGAUAAAAGAUUCGAGUCGAAAUUAGUUUUCUUUCA